CUUUCAGACCACUGCAUGCACAACAACUAAAACCUCAAUGUAUGCUACGAUGAAACUAUUGAAGCUUUUUCAUCCAGCUGUCAAAACUUUCCCACGCUUUUUGAUCAAAUGUUCUGGACGACUCGACCUCUGUAUUAUAUAGACUUUGCAUAAAACAUUGCAGUUGUUGUGUCAUUGUUGAAUAUUCAGGAGUGUCCGAAACCACUCACGGUCCAGCGUCUAUUCGUAUUCGUCUGCCAAUGUGUUAUCCCUGCUUUAAUGGCGUACCCCUCAACACCAUCUAUCCAUCUCAACUUGGGCCUGUGUCCAUGUGGACGGUCUAAAAGGGUUCCGGUUCCAUGCGUAUUGCAUGGCUAGCCCACCUUGGUGAGAUUGGUGAGAUUCAUACGCUGCAGGACAGUAAAAUCACCAUACAGGUCGCCGUUGUAUCAAGUCUUCUCUGGUCCUUCCACACAGACAUCCUUCCGUCAAAGAUCCUUCUGAGCAACUCACCUUCCAUGCUGUUGCCGGUGCUGACCUUUGACCUGAGAUAGGUACAAUUUUAGACGACUUCAUACGUGCGUUCAUCUAUUCUAUACGGCCCAUUAAGCCCUUGGUGAAAGCAAAACGUGCAGAGAAGUGACAUUAUCAGUUUGGCCGCCUGCGUGAGCACCGCCUUGACAUACUUUAAUGAAUCAUUCGCCGCAGAUGAUAGCUCAGAAAACAAUACACACUGAUAGAAAUAGCAAAGCUUCUCUUGACAUCGAUCUGCAUUCAAGAAUGGCCUACAUGCUGAUAAGUCGAUUGCUCGAUCACUUCGAUCGUGAAAUGCAUGGCAUCGUCAGACCUGUAUCAGCAACUGACCGAGACAGAUCAUCGAACAGCACUGUCUUCUAAGAUACAUCAUGGCCCGUCCCCUACUAUCUCCGAUUAUUUUGCUCUUCAUAGUAUCCACCCUAUUUCGCUUAUCUGCCAGUAAUCGUGAUGCGGUAGGUUAUAGAGCAUUUGAGGAGAAAUCGUACUACCUCGGUACCACGUUCAAGUUAAACUGGCAUAAGGCAUCCGCUUUUUGUCGAUCGCAAGGACUCUUCCUGGUAUCGAUCAACAGCCAGUCACAGCUAGAUGGAGUCAUUGAGUACAUCAAGAAAAGUGGAUUCUUUACUGCGAACGAAAGCAACAUCCAACUGUGGACAUCGGGCAAUGAUUUGGGAGAGAAAAAUCAAUUCCUCUGGACGUCGACCGGUGAGAGGAUCACGUUUGAUCGGUGGACUCAGGGUGAACCAAACCACGGGCGGGUGAACGAUUGUACAGUGGAGCGUUGUGUGGUGCUGCAGCACUACCAAAACGGACAUGGUGCUACCUAUUCGUUCGAUGAUAGACCAUGCGAAAAGGAAUACUUUUUCAUGUGCGAGUCGUUAGAUGGUUAGAGUGCGGGAUAGCUUGUUAUAGUGGUAAAAGGGGAUUUAGUUAUCAUAAUUCCCAUCUUUAAUGAGAAAUCAAAAAGUGCAAAUUUCAAUGUUCGAAUUAAGUGCGUAUUCUGUAGACCGUCCGACUGAACAUUAUAAAAUAAAAAAGUUUACGGUUCCACUGGGCCGUAUACAAUGCAAAGCAAUCGCAAAUGUAUUAAUAAUGUAUUGCUGUAUAACCGGGAGUUCAUCGUACAUCUCGCAUAGCUAGCCGUUAUAUCGGUUCCUCCAUCGCCCUUCCACACAGACGGGCCCCAAAGAUCCUACUGAGCAUCGUCCUCUCGAACGCGGCUACAAGAGCUUUGUCAGAUAUGAAAAUUCCCGAGCCAAUUCCGAUUCCGGAACCGAUUCUGGAGACGGUUCUGGAGUAGAUUUUGGAGCGGAAUUCUAUUUCAUAAUCGGCUCCAGAGUCAGCAUCGUCUCUUGAUUUGGAAUUGGCCGCUAAAAUCACAAUCAGGUCCGGAAUGAGAGCUAGUUCUCAAAUUGACAUUAGCCCCAAACGUCUUUUCUCAUGAAGAUACCGAAGUCGAAUUGGAUUUCGGAUCCGAUUCUGAUUGUGGAGCCAACUGCGAUUCUGGAGCUGAUGUUGAAAAUAGUUCCGAUUCCGAUUCGGGAGUCGAUACGGAUACGGAGCCGAUUCCGGGACAGAUUACUUCAGAUUACGUCUCAGAGGCGUAUGUGAGUACUAGUACUAUGCAGGUGAAAUAUAGCCCCAGGUUUGUCCAUCGCGACAGGUUCUUUGAGGUACUUUCUCAUGCUAUAUAAUGGCCGGUUGACAGCCAGCAUCCUUGUGCGCCAUUUAGCUUCCAUGCUACAGUCGUUGCUGACCUUUGACCCAAGAUAGGAGAAUUCUAGGAUGAAUCUGUACGUAACGCCUACGUAAGUUUGGACGAUCGAGAUUGCUCAUGCAAAUACGUGUUUUUGUGUGAAACGUGACGCGGAAAGAAGAGUUGAGGUCCCCUAUACUUGUUGAGCGGAGGAGCGGGGGAUGAUGAUUGUGCUGCGUUGGUCCAUCAUCGGGAUUUAAGCGUUACGUUGGACGGUUGGGGGUUGGACGAUCGCGAUUGUUCCAGCAAAUAUGGGUUUAUGUGCGAAAGAUGAGCUCGUGAGUGGUGACGUUUUUGUAAUAUUAUGAAGAGAAAUCAUAAAUAAGAUAAAAUAUUCCUGAAAAUAAUACACGAACGCAUGGGUUUCCGUGAGAUUUGUAAAA